AUGAUGUCCUACAUCAAGCAACCACAUUAUGCAGUCAAUGGGUUAACUUUGGCUGGACCCGGGAUGGAUUUACUGCAUUCCGCCGUGGGAUACCCCAGUAAGUGGAUUUCUUCCCCUGCAGCAACUCCACGGAAGCAGAGACGUGAGCGCACAACCUUCACACGGGCCCAGCUAGAUAUCUUGGAGGCCCUGUUUGCCAAGACCCGCUACCCGGACAUCUUCAUGCGCGAAGAGGUUGCCCUGAAGAUCAACCUGCCCGAGUCCAGAGUCCAGGUCUGGUUCAAGAACCGCCGGGCCAAAUGUCGGCAGCAGCAACAGCAGAGCAGCGGACAGGCCAAAGCCCGGCCGGCCAAGAAAAAAAGCUCUCCAGCCCCUGAGACCAGUUCCGAAACCAGCGCCAACGGGCAGUACAGCCCUCUGCCCACCGGCACCUCGGUGGCCCCCAGCUCCAGCGCCAGCGCCACCGUCUCCAUCUGGAGCCCGGCCUCCAUCUCUCCGCUGCCAGACCCCCUGGCCUCCUCCACCACCCCCUGCAUGCAACGGUCGGCCGCCUUCCCCAUGACCUACACCCAGGCACCGGGUUACACCCAGACCUACGCCGGCUCGACUUCCUACUUCAGUAGCCUUGACUGCAGCUCCUACCUGUCCCCCAUGCACCCUCAGCUCUCCGCACCUGGUGCCGCGCUGAGCCCCCUGGCCACCCCAACCAUGGGCGGCCACCUGAGCCAGUCCCCGGCCACCCUCUCCAGCCAGGGCUACAGCGGGGCAGGCAUGAGCUUCAGCUCGGUGGAUUGCCUCGACUACAAAGACCCCACGGCCUCCUGGAAGCUCAACUUCAAUGCUGCCGAUUGCUUGGAUUACAAAGAUCAAAGCUCUUGGAAGUUCCAGGUCUUGUGA